AUGACAUCUACACCACCCCAUGUCGACUGGACAUCGUCUCUUGAAGAGUACGAAAAAGGCUUUGAGAGUAUCUUCAUCGGCGAACCAGAAACCACCCAAGCCGAUCUCGAAGGCCUCUUCACUCAAGACUAUACAUCAAUUGUGGACGGAAAACGCAUAGAUUUCCCCGAAUUUGUUGAGCAUAUACAACAUCUGCGACAGGUUACGACAGCCAUCAAAGUCCAGAUAACGCACUUUCUCCGCCAAGGCAAUGAACUCGCCGAGCGCCAUUUUGUCACUGCAAAAUUCUCUAACAAACCUCCAUCUAAAUAUGAGGUCUUUCUCUUCGCGACUGUUGAUGAGAGUGGAAGGAUUGAGAGGCUGGUAGAGACUUUGAGGCAGAUGGAUGGCCUGGAGGAGCAUAAGAAUCUAGGCAGCGCUAGGGCUUGA